GCGGCGGCGGCGGCGCCGAGCGGCCGGGGACUCCCCUCCCCCGCUGCCGGGCGGUGAGGCGCGGGGCCUGCUGCGCCCCCCGCCCACCCCUCGCCCCAGCCGCCGCCUCGCCCCUUCCCCUGAUCCGAGCGGCCCCUAGUCCGCCCGCCCGCCCGGCCCGCGGGGAGCGCAGCGCAGUCCGUUGGCCCGCGGGGGGGGCGGCCUCCCGGAAUCUUCGCGGCGCCCAAGGACAACCAGGAAGCGGAGCGGCCAGGAUGGCGCGUCCGCGGCCCCGCGAGUACAAGGCGGGCGACCUGGUCUUCGCCAAGAUGAAGGGCUACCCGCGGUGGCCGGCCCGGAUUGAGGAACUCCCGGAGGGAGCUGUGAAGCCUCCAGCAAAUAAGUAUCCUAUCUUCUUUUUUGGCACCCAUGAAACUGCAUUUCUAGGUCCCAAAGACCUUUUCCCUUAUAAGGAAUACAAAGACAAGUUUGGGAAGGCAAACAAACGGAAAGGAUUUAAUGAAGGAUUGUGGGAGAUAGAAAAUAACCCAGGAGUAGGGUUUACUGGGUACCAGGCCAUUCAGCAACAGAAGAUAGAAAAUAACCCAGGAGUAAAGUUUACUGGGCACCAGGCCAUUCAGCAACAGAGCUCUUCAGAAACCGAGGGAGAAGGCGGGAAUACUGCAGAGGCAAGCAGUGAGGAAGAAGGUGAUAGAGUGGAAGAAGAUGGAAAAGGCAAAAGAAAGAAUGAAAAAGCAGGCUCGAAACGGAAGAAGUCAUACACUUCAAAGAAAUCCUCUAAACAGUCCCGGAAAUCUCCAGGAGAUGAAGAUGACAAGGACUGCAAAGAAGAAGAAAAUAAAAGCAGCUCUGAGGGUGGAGAUGCCGGCAAUGACACAAGAAACACAACUUCAGACUUGCAAAAAAACCAGUGAAGGGACCUAACUACCGUAAUGAAUGCUGCAUAUUAAGAAAACCACAAGAAGGUUGGUUGUCUAAUAUUCUUGGAUUUGAUAUGAACCAACACAUAGUCCUUGUUGUCAUUGACAGAACCCCAGUUUGUAUGUACAUUAUUCACAUUCCUCUCUGCUGUGUUUGGGGGAAAAAAGACAUUUUAGCCUUUUUUAAGGUUAUUGAUUUAAUUUCAUGUUAUUUGGUUGCAUGAAGUUGCCCUUAACCACUAAGGCUUGUCCAGAUUUUUGCACAAGCUUAUACAAGUCUAGGAUCCUUUAUCAAGGCAGUUAUGUUCAUCAGUCUCCUGCCUUUACUCCACCGUCACCAAACACUCAGUGAAAUAUAAGUUAGCAUUUUUGAAAAUGACCACUCAACAUAAUGCUUAAGGGAUUUCCUCUCUGUGACAGAACCCAGGAACCAAUUCCUAGAUACAUAAUGCUGGCAUAUUGAAGAUGAACUUAAAAUUGUUCUUCAGUUUUGAGACCAUGUGUAAAGUUUAAUCAUAUUGUAAAAUAUCUAUUCCGUACUAGAAAUAGCUAGUUGACAGCUUAUACUUCUCAAAACUCAUGUUGUUAACGUACAUAAACUCAGUUUCUGUAUGUGAAGUUAGUGAGUCUUUUGUGUUACUCCAAAACAAAGGCAAUGAUUUAUUUUUUCCCAAUCUCAAUACAAUUUGAGCUAAUCGCUCAAGCUGGAUACUUUACAUUUUAAAGCUGGAAUCAGCAGUAGCCCUAUGGGAAGUAAGACAAAGCAUUGCCUUUUAAAUAUAGACUUUUAAAAUGAUCUGUUGUUUUCUUUUGGAACUAGAAUUAGAAUAGUUAAUAUUCAUCCACAAACCAUUAUUAUCUGUACGUUAUUGUUGCAAUUGUGAUAAUAGAAAAUUUUAUUUAUUUUUAUGCCAGCUCAUAUUGUGAGAACACAUUUAGUCAGUUUGGGUUUUAUCAGUGCUGUUAUGCUUGUCCUUGGAAACAUCUUUCACGUAUUCAAGGUUUGUAGUUGAAAACUUUACUGUAAAAAAAAUCAAAAACAAAAAAACUAUUGUUUUUACAUAAUAAAUUUAUUGGAAUGUGUACCGGGAGUAAGAUUUGAGGUUGUAAACAACUAAGUUAGUGUAAUUUGGCUUCAUAUAUGUAAUGUGAGGUAAUGUAAUUCAUAUCUUAAAGCAAAAAUUGUUAACAGCAAGUUGGCAAUAGAAAAAAUAUAUAUACUUUAGUUUUUUAAAAGUCAGAGAAACAAACAUCAAACAGGAAGAAAACCCAACUUUUUUUAACAGAGAGAGAAAAAUUUUAAA